GUGUUCUUAAAAAAGGCGACACCUGGUAGACAAUCUUACAAAUGCAAAUAUUAUCCAACUGAACGCAGGCGCCUGGUCGCACUGCUCGCUCUGUGCACAUCCGCGCAAAAUACGGGGACUUUUCUUUUGAGUAAAAAAUUGGGCGCCGAAGAGACGGCAUUAUAAGAAAACCCCCCUGUUCCCCCCACAGCUGCCUGCGACUCAAAGUAUUGCGUUUCGAUCGAUCCCGACUGCAAGAUGUCCUUGGUGGAUUUAGGCAAGAAGCUUCUAGAGGCAGCACGAGCCGGACAGGAUGAUGAGGUCCGUAUCCUAAUGGCUAAUGGAGCCCCGUUCACAACAGACUGGCUUGGAACGUCUCCCUUACAUCUGUCAGCACAGUAUGGUCAUUACUCAACCACAGAAGUACUGUUAAGAGCAGGCGUGAGCCGGGAUGCCAGGACUAAAGUGGACAGAACCCCCUUACACAUGGCGGCUGCAGAAGGCCAUGCUCGGAUAGUGGAGGUGCUGUUAAAGCACGGAGCUGACGUCAAUGCAAAAGACAUGCUGAAGAUGACUGCCCUUCAUUGGGCGACAGAACAUGGUUACCAGGAAGUAGUGAACCUUUUAAUAAAGUACGGGGCUGAUGUUCAUGUCCAGAGCAAAUUUUGCAAAAAUGCGCUGGACAUAGCAAUUGACAAUGCAAACGAAGAACUUGCAGAAAUACUUCAGGUGUCGAUGCAAAACCAAAUAAAUACAAACCCAGAAAGUCCAGAUACAGUAACAAUACACACAGCAACACCCCAGUUUAUAAUUGGUCCAGGUGGGGUAGUGAACCUGGCAGGCUUGGUUUCAGCAGCUAACUCCUCAAAAGAUGAAGCAGGUGUGUCCACAGUUCAGUUUGGCAACUCAUCAACUUCAGUGUUAGCUACAUUAGCAGCUUUAGCAGAAGCAUCUGCACCUUUAUCCAAUUCAUCAGAAACUCCAGUAGUUGCAACAGAAGAAGUCGUAACUGCAGACUCAGUGGAGGGUGCCAUUCAACAAGUUGUCAGCUCUGGAGGACAGCAAGUUAUCACUAUCGUCACAGAUGGCAUUCAGCUAGGCAAUUUACAGACAGGUGGAAUGGGCCAGCCCAUUAUUGUGACAAUGCCAGACGGACAACAAGCAUGUUUCUCAGUUUUAACAGUCCCUGCCACAGACAUUGCAGAAGAGACUGUAAUCAGUGAGGAGCCAUCAGUUAAAAGGCCGCGCAUAGAAAUCAUUGAAAACCAUUCCGAAACCACAGAAAUAGAGGAGAAAGAGACUUUGCAGAAGCAGUUGGAAGAGGCUAAUCGUGAAGCUCAGAAAUAUCGCCAGCAGCUGCAAAAGAAAGAACAGGAGGCCGAGGCCUACAGGCAGAAGCUGGAGGCCAUCACUCGCCACCAAAGUAAUAAAAAAGCUGUAUGAGUCCAACACAGGACUGAACUGAGAAGGUUACACUUGAUGUCAAGUGAACCGCUGUAUAGGAGAAGAGGUUCAAGGUUGUAUGUAAAGAAGGACGUUUGGAUGUUAAAUCCAUGAUACACUUUUAUCACGAAGUACAAUAAUCUGUAAAGCAAGUGAUUAUUGUCACUAAAAGGACAAGACCAGUGUGCUGGAUCAUGCAGUUGUAUUCAUGACAACCAUUAGGAAGUACAUUCUUUUAUAGGCAGUUGAAUAACACAUGGACGAUUUCUCAGUUGUACAAAUUACUUCCUGCUUCCUCCCACAAAUUAAACUGGUUCAUUCUAGGUUUAGUGUUUUCUUAAAUAUAUUAAAAAUAAAUAAAAAAAAUGUUUGCACUACUUUGAAGCCCAGAUUAAACUAGGUUACUGGUUUACGUUUUGUCAAAAUAGCUAAACCCUUACUUUACAAAUAUAGCAAACUAAGCUUGAACAGUCACAUUUUACUUUUGGGGAGUCAUUGAUGUGAUCCAGGGUACACUGGAUUGACCCAUGUAUAAUGACAUCUCUCAAAAUCCCAAUGGCUUUCACUUAUGGAAAUUUUCGAUUCCCAAAUGCAUUUGGAGGUCUACAGCACUUUGUCACAAACUGGAAGCUAUUGAGGCUUGUGUCAGUCUGAACUCAAUCACAACAUUGGCAUCAUUGCUUGUACUCAUCUGAGGUAUCCCCAAAACUUUGAGGCUUGUAAUUAAACCUUAUAUGGUUUGAGAAUUAAGGAACAAAGGCUUUACAAAUGCAGGCCAGCAGGAACAGCAGCCUUUAAAAAAAAACAGUGGAAUUCUACUUACAAACAGUAUCACCUUAAAGGGGAAGUAGUUUAACCACAAUAAAUAUUUUUAACCCUUUCCUUUCACAAACACUAAAUUCAAAACUAAAAAUACCAAGACAGUAACCUGACUACAAAUUCCAUGAUGUUGUAUCCCCCAAUCCCAUUUAGGUUUGUAUAUUGGCAAUGUUUUAUAUAUAUAUAUAUAUAU